GGGCUAGUUCCCUCGUGGGAUUCAAAAGUGCACAAGCUUAACAGGCUUGGACCUUUCCAAUAAUGAGCUUCAGGGACCAAUUCCAUUUGACAUUGAAAAGAUACUACCAUAUGGUACGUUCCUUGAUCUAUCCUCGAACAAAUUUUUCGGUAAAAUCCCAUCAACCAUUGCCAAUUGCUCUCUUAUAAACGUCCUCAACCUAGAACUCAACAGUCUAACAGGACAUAUUCCACAGCAAAUUGGUGAGCUCAAGCGGCUGAAAACCUUUAAUGUCGCUAAUAAUCUAUUGUCAGGGCUAGUGCCAACCUUUGCGGAAGCUAAUUUUCCAGUUGAAAUCUAUGAUAAUAAUAUUGGACUCUAUGGAGGGCCUCUGGAAAGAUGCAGCGAUGAUCAAAGCAAAUUUCUUUCUGUAGUCAAAAGUGGGUUUGCGGUUGGCUAUGCGAUCUCUGCAGUUUCAGUUGUAGUUCUGUAUGUGUCGUACUUUGUGCCAUGGCUGAACACAGGGAAGAGGAGUACCAUGAUCACAAUAGCAGCAAUGCUAAUAUCAAUGAUGAAGAGGAAGAAAAAGAUACAAAUCGACCGAGUAGUUAGUUUGUCUACUGUAGAAAUUCUACGGCAAAACAAGGGGUUUAUGAUCGGUUAUGCAGUCUUUGCUGUUUCUGUGACAUUUGCUUUAAUGGCCUGUGACAUACCUGCUUGGAUGAAUUUCAAGAUCAGGAGCAAGAAUUUGUUGAAAAUCAGGAGUAAGGUUCUAAAUAUGAUCAGGAGGAAGAGGAAGACCAAGAUAAUAGACUCUGAUCAAGUGACAGAUUUCCAUACUGUGGAUAAUCUACAAGAUGGUGGCAAAGAGAUUCUUAGGUUACAAAAGGUGGUCACAAGAUUGCCUUACACAGAUCUCAGAAAUGCCACAGACAACUUUAGUGAAAAGAAUAUCAUUGGAUUGGGAAAGAUGGGGAUAAUGUUCAAGGCAACCCUCCCAAGCGGACAUUUCCUUCCAGUCAAGAAGUUAAACUACUCCCAAUUCCUUGAUGAGCAGUUCAUAGCAGAAUUAAGGAUACCUGGUGCAAUAAGACAUAUCAACAUAAUUCCAAUUGUCGGAUUCUGUAUAAAGUCAAAGGAAAGGCUUCUGGUUUACAAAUAUAUGCCAAAUGGUAGACUUUAUGACUGGCUACAUCAUCGGCAAGAUCAGGUCAUGAAUUGGCCUUUAAGGGCUAAAAUUGCCAUUGGGUUGGCAAGAGGCUUGGCAUGGAUCCAUCAAGGUAGCUACAUUCGUAUAAUCCAUCUUAACAUAAGCUCAAAAUGCAUCUUACUUGAUCAAAGUUUCGAGCCUAAGUUAUCGAACUUUGGAGAGGCGAUAAUCAUGAUUCCAACUAAGAGUUCUAGUGAGAAUACUGAAUUCUGGGAAAUGGCGUUCGUUAAGGAGGAUGUCUAUAGCUUUGGAAUCGUUCUUCUCGAGCUGAUUACUGGGGAGGAUUCAAGCAGAAUGACUAGUACUAGUUCAUCAAACAGCUACGGUGACUCACCAAGUGAAUGGGUUAGUCAUCUUUUUGACAGACACUCUUCUACUUCAUAUGAUCUGAUUGAUGAAUCUGUUUCAGGGUAUGGAUUUGACGAUGACAUUCAUCAGUUCCUUGAAAUUGCAUUUAGUUGUGUUCAACCUGUUGUAGAUCAAAGACCGACAAUGUUAGAAGUGUAUGAACAGAUAAAAGAUAUAGCAGAGAAAUAUAGCAUCAUCAAUGGUUCUAAGCUACUUACAAAAUGUGAAAUAUCCACUGCUAGUCUCAAAGGAAAAUCUGUUGAAAUUGAAACAGUAGAGUCCUUAAACAGGUGAAAUAUAUGUAGCACAUAGGACCCAUUGACUAAAUAUGGUACUCUCCAGGAAUUUUUUUUUUU